CACCCAUCCUCGUUUCGUCGUACGGUUUCUGUCCCGAACAUGUCCGGGGUGCAGAAAGCGGAUGCUAUCCACAUCGGUUUGUCACCUACAUCAGUGUCAAAUCGUGAUCGGAACUCACUUCAUCGGCUUGUCGUUCGUCGCCAUUCCCUGCCAACGGUAAAAGUUGGAGCUGGAUGCAUUGGGUCCGGCGAUUCGCGGUCAGCUGUCGAGUCUCCCGACUCCGGCACUGUUCGAAGCAGCCUAUCUUCAUUCACCUCAACCAGUUCAGCACAUCCUGAUCAAGGUGAUCAAUCGGAUGCAUUUUGCGGCCCACGAAUAUCCUACUAUGUGAACGAAAAUAAGUCCCGUUUGCCGUGCGGUAUCGAUCGGAUUCGACCUCAUUUACAGAAUGUGGACAAUGUACCUCUUCAAGUCUCCUUAUUCACUGAUUGCUCGACUGCAAGUAUCCAGGAAAUGAUCCGAAUUCGACAAGAAUACGGCGAGACUGUGUGUGUUGUGGGUAGUACCUAUUCGGUGGACAGCUUGCGACUGAUGCAUUGCGCAGAUGUUGCUGUAGCCAUUCGCCCGGAACUUCCCAAACCUUGCGAAGCAUUCAUACCCAAUGGAAAUGAAGAAUAUCACACGGGUUCGAAGAAUCAAAUAAACCAGGUCCGGACUUCUUGUUCCAAAUCCGCGCAACACUCAAAUCCUCAUUCGGACCAAUUUAUCACGGAACGUGUGCCUCUUAUUCCUCCGCCGUGCACAUCACAAACGCAGACCGUGUCUGAUUUGGUCAACGCUUUGGAACUGACUGCCCGUUUAGUGUGCUCCCUAUCACCGGGCAUUCUGAACCUGAACAAAUCGGGGUUCUGUGUGCACGAGUCGAUUCAUGAGGUGCGUCACCGCUGCUUCUCGACACCUGUGUAA